CUCAAUCACCUUAGGAAUUUACUACGACUGAAGCUGUACUAACUACCUGAAACUCACGAUGAGAGAUACUCCAGAGUCUCAACAGGAAUCCGCAGUCCUUCGGCCGCUGCGAGCCCUGCUUAAAGAGCUCGGCCUCGUCACCCUGUUUCAUGCUUCAGCCGACACCAAGAUCUUGAUCCUCCAGCGCUUCGUGCGUCUCUUUGCCUACGGCGGCUCGACCUUGAUCCUCGCUUCAUACCUCUCCGACCUGGGCAUCUCCGACACCAGGAUCGGGUUGUUCAUGACUCUGACGCUUGUUGGAGAUGUUUUGAUCAGCUUCCUCCUGACGCUUAUAGCCGACCAACUCGGCCGACGCUGGAUCCUUGUGCUCGGAGCUGCGUUGAUGAGCGUUGCGGGGCUUGUGUUCGGACUCUGCGGAAAUUAUUGGGUGCUUCUUGCAGGUGCUAUCGUUGGGGUGAUUAGUCCAAGCGGUAAUGAGAUUGGACCGUUUCGAGCCAUCGAAGAAUCAACCCUCGCCCAUCUUACAGCCAGCACCGACCGAAGCGACAUCUAUGCCUGGUACUCGUUGAUUGGAACUGCAGGGACAGCGUUGGGAUUUGUCGGAUGUGGCUGGUUCAUUACGUUCCUACGGGACGAGAAACAUUUCAGUUCCAUCGACGCCUAUCGAAUCAUUUACUUCGUCUACACUGUGGUCGGCCUGGUUAAGCUCUGCCUGGCUCUCCUGCUGAGUAAGAAAUGCGAGGUCCAUACCCAGCCGAAGUCGGCCAAUUCGACAGAGACAGCACCUCUACUUGGAGGGGCGCAUGACGGACGCAAGGACGACAAAAAGAAGAAACGAUGGAGGCUGCUGCCGGAUAUCAGCAAGGAAAGCAAAGUCGUUCUUGUUCAAUUGUGCAUUCUAUUUGCCUUUGACAACUUCGCUUCCGGGUUAGCACCUGUCUCGUGGGUGACAUACUAUUUCAAGCGCAGGUUCAACUUGUCCGAAGGCAAGCUCGGGUCGAUUUUCUCGGUGACAGGAGUCAUUUCGGCUCUCUCUAUGCUUGUGGCAUCCUCCAUUUCCAAGAGGAUCGGCAAUGUCAAGACUAUGGUAUUCACCCACCUGCCCUCGGCCAUCUGCCUGGCUUUGAUCCCCAUCCCCGCGACGCUGCCUGGCGCACUAGUCUUCCUCAUUGGCCGAGCCUGCACGCAAGUCAUGGACGUGGCUCCGCGUUCGGCGUUCCUUGCUGCCAUCGUGCUGCCUCACGAACGCACAGCUGUAAUGGGCACCAUCAACGUCGUCAAGACAUGCGCUCAGAGUCUGGGUCCCGUGAUCACCGGCGUCCUCGGCACGAAGAACUAUUUCUGGGUCGCUUUUGUCGCCGCUGGAUCUCUCAAAGCCACAUAUGACUUGGGCUUGCUUGCGCUGUUUGCGGAGAGAAGGAGCCGGGAAGAGCGAAUGUCCGAGAACACCCGCACCGAUGAGGAGCAGGAGGGUGUCAGUACGGAUUCGUCAACGUCACAGGCACGAAGCGGGUGAAGCUUCCAACUCGAGUCAGGGCAAGGUGUACCCGAUGCCGAUGGGCCAAGUUAGUAAUCCAUGCAUUGAGCAAAAUCUGGUUGGAUCGAUUGACCGACAGCACGAAGUUAGAGCGCAAGUGGUGGCACCACGCAUGAUCGGCUAACUGCCGGGCCAUCCUUUGCGGCUCACAGAGACAUCGAGCCGCCAAUGCUGAAGAACCCCUGCUGCGUGACAUGCGGUUGAUACGUGAGCCGUACUUCCCUCUGAUCUAAACAUCUGUAAAUA